AAAGAAAAAAUCAAAAAUGGCGGACAGGAAGUCAAACUUAAAAGAAAAACAAUGUCAAAACUUCUUAAAUAUUGAUCUUCGAUAUCCGCAUAUGGUCACAGAAUGACCGAAAGUAUUCCAGGUGGUAGACAAAGAUCAUCAUCCGUCGGUAAUGUGUUUGAAGAAGAGUACAAUGACGAUGGAUUUGGUCCACUUUCAGACCACCAUCGUAAGUUUAGUCAAAGUCUGCAUCUGGAUAGUGUAAAAGCGAAAAACGGUACAGAACGUAUUGAACAAACUCGUGAGGAUCCAGAUAACUUUUCUACGCUACCCACAAAGACAAAACGUCGUACAAGGCCUUCUUUCAAGUCCGUAAAAAAUUUGAUGGGCAGGCUUCUGAAUAAUUCUAAUUCAUGGUCAUCAAAUCGACGGGAAGAUGACAACCAUAUUGGGGCAAAAGGGGGGAUGACGCAGAGUGCGAGACAGCGGGAUGACCGGUCUCCCGAAAGGCCAUAUACAGAAUCAACCUCGCGCCCCCUCGUUACCAAAUCGCAGAAACCGCCGGUCCUGUCGUCUUUUGGUGACGAAACACCUGGCACGAUUGGGAUACACAAUCAUGGCAACACUUGUUUUAUGAAUGCAAUUCUUCAGUGUUUAAACAGUACAGACUGCUUUGUUGAAUACUUCAUCAGACAAUUACACAAAGAUGAUCAAAAAGCAUCUUCGAGAAGACUUGGAUUUCGUAAUGUACACAAUGUAACCGAACAACUUGGAGUUCUGCUUAACAGUCUAUGGACUAAUAGAUAUCACAGUGAAGUGUCGGAUAAUUUCAAAACAGUUGUUGGGAAAUUCAACAGCCAAUAUAAAGGGACAUCACAGCAUGAUGCACAGGAAUUCCUUCUCUGGUUGUUAGAUAGAAUAAAUGAAGAAUUCAAUGCAAACAACAAGAACAAAAUCAAACAGCUGCAGUCUAGGAAGAAGCAGAGUGAUGAGGAAGCAGCUGAAGAAGUCUUAUCAGCCAACAAUGGCUGCCCACUGUAUAAUCUGUUUCAAGCUCUGUACCGCUCGUCACUGCAGUGUCCAAACUGUGGCAAGCAGAGCAACACAUUUGAGAACUACCUAUGUCUGUCCCUACCACUUCCUAACAAAGUCAUGCGUCCUUUCUACAUAAUUGUGGUGGAGACCGUGGAAGAAAACAAACCACCUAAGCAGACCAAAAUAGGGCUGCGUCUCAAUGCAUACGGCUAUGUGAAAGAUCUGCGUCAAGAAAUUUCAAAGUGGACUCAAAUAAAGGAGAAAUAUUUGGUGUUAUGUCAGAUCUAUGACAAUGGGUUCAGAAUCCCGUACAGAGAUGACCAGCCAUUGACAGACAUUCCAGAGUCGGAGAAUAUCUAUGCUGUGGAAAUGGUGUGUACUGUUGGUUCCCCCAUGGUCGAGGGACAACAGCAGUUUGAGCAGUCUUAUGUUUCAGUAUUACUUAUACACACAGAGCGGGAGUCAAAUCCUACCAAGUAUUACAGAUUUUGUGCACCUCAAAUUAUGAGAAUUCCUAGAGAUGUUGAUAAUCGUGGGCUCCAGAAAGAAAUCCUUACAAACCUUGGUCCAUGUGUCAGAGAAGGUCUUCUUAGUCAAAAGUUGGAUACACUAUUUCGACUGAGACUGGUCAGUGGCAGUGCUGGACGGGAUUAUCUCCCCCUUGAUGUGGAAAUGCCACUGUACAUGGAAAAUGUUGACAGGGCUUUGUCAACCUAUAGAUCAGAAUACGGCCCUCCACACAUCAAACUUGUUGCCGAGUGGGACCCAGCUGUCAAAAAGAAAGUGAUCAUCCAUGAUAAUGAGACAAUAGAUGAACAUCCAUCAUAUCGACAAGUCCGCCAGCACAAGCAACCCGAGCCAAUUUCCCUUGAUGAAUGUCUUCAUCUAUUCACCAAACAGGAGAAGUUGACUGGGGAUGAUGCCUGGCUCUGUCCUCACUGUCAAAAACAACAGCAGGGAACAAUGAAAACCCUGGGACUGUGGUCUCUACCGGACACACUGGUCAUCCACCUGAAGCGCUUCAGACAGGUUGGUCUGCACCGAAGUAAGUUGGAGUCCCUCAUAGACUUUCCAGUGAUAGGUCUGAACAUGGGUAAACAUAUCCUUCGGCCGAACGGUGAAUGUGAUCUCCAGAGAGUCCCAAUGAACAUGACACCACAACAACAACGUCUCCAUCAAGGGGAGCACCGAGACAACACGAUCUACGACCUCUAUGGAGUAUGCAAUCACGAUGGUAGCAUGCUUGGUGGCCAUUACACAGCAUUUUGUAAAAAUCCCUUGGAUGGUGAAUGGUAUAAAUACAAUGACUCCAAAGUGACGGCUAUUUCUGUGUCAGAAGUACAGACAUCAGCGGCAUAUCUCCUGUUUUAUCAACGCAGAGGUUUCUCUUCCGUAGUAACCCAGGAUCUUUGUGAUGGCUUCCACUGGAUCUAUAAACUUUACCCUCAUGACAAGUUGUCAAAUCAGCCCAGGGUCACGACAGCAACAGACAAUGAAAAGAGCAAGAGGCAGGCUUCAAUCCCUGAUAGGGGAGCAAAACAGAGUGCUGUGAAAUUAAUUCGUGACUCAGAGGAAAACAGAAGGCCUGUCUCUCGCUCAGAUAAAUCAGUGCGAACUGCAAGUCAUUCUAAUGUAAAUGGUACCGCCUCUCAGGGUGUGGAUGUUACAGACAGUCACAGGCUGAAGUAUGGCGCCAACCUACGGGUGGAUAUUAAUCAUGCUAACAGUAGAGUGAAUAAUAUUGAUAGGAAACAGCAGGAGAAAAGGUUAUCACCUCAAGGACAAGAUGUUAAUUCUGUACAUGGAACACUGAAAGUAGCCAUGCCUCCUGCACGCCCAUUGUCACAUCCAAGCUUUAACAGUAGCAAUAGUUCUCACAGAGGUACCGAGUCCUCUAACCUGACUUUGAAUGGCAAUAAAUCAAAUGUGCUUCGACCAACAGUUGACCAAAGAGUUACUGUGUCUGGGUCAUCUAGUUCUGAGGAGAGACCCUCUUCUGUGUCAAGUCCGACACGAACAAAUGGUGUAUCAGAUAAGUCACGUGAGACUGCAGCAGUGAACAACAACCGCCCACCACCUAUUCCCAGUAGGAAUGAGUCUUUGCCAUCCAAACGAGGUAAAAUUCCUAAGGAUCAGCCUGAUUCUAGUGCAGUUAGAUCAAGUCCAAGUAAAACACAGCCAAGCUUUGCCACCCCUCAGCAGAACCGCCGACAGGUAUCACCUUCUAAUACUGUUACCUCUAAACAGGCCUGGUCCACACCGCAGCCAGUAAAAAAGCAGAUGUCAAUUGUAUCCAAUGGUUGUUCAGACGACCUUGGCUAUCGUGAUAAACAGCUAGUACGCCCACCGCCACCACCACCGCCACCACCAGUGUUUAAACCCACUUCUGGUCCUCAGAUUCCUCCCACCAACUCAUCUAGGCCCUCUGGUAUAAAGGAGCAGAGGUCACUGGAUUUUUCAGAUUUCACCAAAAAGAAGUUCAAUGAGCCUGAUGUUGUGACCAAUGGGACUCGGAGAAACGGUUUAGAACGGAGCAUCAAGUAUGCCACCAUUGCAAGGACAUCUCACAAGGGCAGUGCUGAUGACUUUGUUCCUAACAAUACUCGCAUAAUCCCUUGCUCUCAGACGGAGCAUGGGCUGUCAACAGCAGAACGUCACAUGGUAGAGAACGUGCUGAACCAAGCUCGGUCUCGUCAGCCAAUGGUUGCAACAGAGACCUUCGCAGACAAUAUCCCUCGCUAUCAACCUCACAAGCACUACUAUAAAGGGUUUCAGUUUAAGGAACAGAAGCAGUCGUACCUCAAGGAGAAAAUGUAUUCACCCUGUCUUAAGGAGUCUUCAGUCUAGCAUUUUAAUGUAAUUUAUGUUGCUUUACUUACCAUAUCGACAACUGUUCUAGUCUCGUCAUAUCAAAUGUCCUCAAAAUAAUGUGUCUGAGGAUCAGUCCAAGUAUGGACUUAACUACUAUAGGUAUAUCAAUAUUUCAAAUUGUAUUUUAUACACUAUAGAAAACUGGUUAUAAUGGUUAACAGUGAUUACCAGGUAUUUCUUACACAUCAAUAUAACAACAAGGAAUUGAUACAUAUAACAAUCAUAUCCUUUAUGCACCAGCUAUUUGAGCUUUGAUUUUGAUAGGUCAAUCUCCCAAUGGUUGUAGAUGAGACAUUAAAAUAUACCUGUAUAUUAAAAUUCAAAUCUUGACAAAAAUUUGCGUUUAUAAGUGAGAUUUUUUUUUUUUUUGGACUAUGUCUAAUGUAGAAUUUAGAAAAGCAUUGCAGUGAACACUAAGUGAGAUAUUAUUCACAUUAAAAACAGAUAUAUAGUAAAGGGACUUAUAGAUUUAUUUAUAAGACUAUAUACCAACAUUCCUUGUACUAUCCAAGAACUACAUCCAUUUGGGAAUGGUUGUUAAGUUUUCUGUUAUAUGUAUAUGAUAUACGAACUGUUAAAUGGCAAAAUGAGGAUGUGUUACAGGUAGGGGGAGCAGUAGCUGUCAUAUGUAAUAUAUAAAUCUAUAUAGUAUACAUAUGUUUCAAUAGUCACAUGCAUAAUGUAUAUCAUUAAGUUUUCAGUGAGAAUGAAGAUAUGCACUACACCUGAGACGUUCCAUGUAGUAGUUGAUAAACCAUGUUUUAUCCCUGUGCAUUAUUGAUGGAGUUCACUAGACAAGUGUAGUGUUAGCGUGGUUGUAGUACACCACACUAAACAGUACGUCGGUCAGUUGGGUAGGUAUGGUUACACUAACCAUGAAAUUGAACGGCAUUGUUACUCUGUACAGAUUACAAAUUGUAGUUAUGUUACUUGAUUACCUGUGUCCGACAGAUUACAAUUCCUGUACCUGUAAACUAGAUCACUGUAAACUGUAGAUUACUCCUUUCUUGUAAGAUAUUUGUCCUGUAAGUUGCACGUACCUAUCUUGCAAAUUGAAAAUUUCACUCAUAAAUUUAUUGUGUAACAGUUUGUGGCUACUUACUUUCACUUUUUAAUAUUUUUAGAUUGUUUAGGUAGCUGAGAAGUUUUAAGGAAGUUGAAACAACGAAAUAUACAACUUUAAAAUAAAAAUUGCAAAGAUAUAUCUAUAUACAUUUUCACUGCAAUUACAUAUAAAAAUGUGAGCGUGGUAUUAAUCCACACGAUGAUUGAAUAUAAAAGGACUGUAAGCACAUGUUAGUUAUAAUCAUAGAAAGUGUUCACCUUUAAGUUUUACCACAGAAAUUAUGUCCGUAUUCAAGAGCGAGAUAAAUCUGGAUGUAUGUACAUGUAAUAUGCACUAAGGAUCAAAAGAAUAUUUAUCAAGAAUUUUUACAACUGGAAAGCAAGACAUGUAGGAUGUCAUAAAUGAGAUCUAUCAAAAAUUGUUAAUCAUUUUGCCUUUAAAAAAUCUCAAAUUUGAAUUUUAAAUGUAUUUUAGAGUCAAAAGAGAUUUUUGAUUUUUUUUUAAUUCAGAAAAAGAAAAUGUUAUACAAAGCAAUUGUAACCAAGAUAUUUGUUCACACAAAAAGGGUAUAUUUUUAUUUAUUCAGUGUAUAAGUCCAAUUGAAAAUGUAUAGUAGGAGAGUUUCCUUUUUAAAUCUAUCAAAUUUACCAGGUAUACACUAAGAAUGCACAUGUGCCAUAGAUCGAAUCUCUUUAAAUAUUGUAUAAUAUGUAAAUUAAAGUGCUAGUCAGAAACUGAGAAGUAUUUUUGUACAACAUUGUAAAUAUAUGGAAUUGUGUAUAGUAGAUGGUGUAUAUAUUAAACAUCAUUCCUAGUUAUGUAAGAUCCUAAGUGUAUCUCCAGUAAACUUUGUAGUUGACUCCCUGAAGACACUGGUCAUGCUCAUCACUGUAAAUAAUAUUGUACCCGUUGACUUUUUGUGCUCCUUGUGGAGAAAAUUUACUGUGCUUUUAUUUAAAACAGUUUUCCUAGUUUAAUGAAAACCAAGAGGUAAUGAUACACAUUUUUUUACUAAUCUGAACCGAGAGGUAUUGUACUAUAAUUGGAGCUAAUUAUUAUAGUACCAGAUAAGUAUGUGUGAUUGUACAGACCUAAUUAUUAUAUUACCAGAUAAGUAUGUGUUAUUGUACACUUUGUUACUGCUUGUUUAUAUUACCAGAUAAGUAUGUGUGAUUGUACACUUUGUCACUGCUUGUUUAUAUUACCAGAUAAGUAUGUGUGAUAGUACACUUUGUCACUGCUUGUUUAUAUUCAAAGGAUGAUGGUCAUAUCAUGUUUAUAAAAUCUGUCCACCACCUCAGCUUGUCAGUGAAGUGUUCUCUGCAUAUACAUUUGUUAAGAAUAAGUGCUCUCUUCAGAAAAUGUUUGUCAUUGAAAAGUGUUUGCUCAGAAAUACGUGUAAUUUUAAAGGAUACCUGCUAAACAGUUUGUCCAUUAUAUCUCCAAUGAAAGGUUUGUCAGUAAAAAACUGUUUUUCCAAGUAAAAUCUCUCUGAGGAAGUUUAAAACUGUAUUAUGACACACAGAGUAGAGUAAAAAGAAUAAUUAUGAUGAAUCUUGACAACGGCUGAGCAAAAAAAUUAAAACAAAAUAGGAUAUGAUGAUUCAACAAAUUAAGGGUAUGAUGAACCGGUUCAUUGGUCUGGAAAUUUAAAGAUAUGAGGAACUGGUUCACUGUACACAGGUUCAGAACAUUAAAGAAUAUGAACCAGUUACAGGUUCAAUACAUUGUGUGUGAUGAUCCUGUACACCGGUUUGGAAUAUUAAUGGGGGUGAUGAUCCUGUACACAGAUUCAGAAAAUUAAUGGGGGUGAUGAUCCUGUACACAGGUUCAGAAAAUUAAUGGGGAAGAUGAUCCUGUACACAGAUUCAGAAAAUCAAUGGGGGUGUUGAUCCUGUACACAGGUUCAGAAAAUUAAUGGGGGUGAUGAUCCUGUCCACAGAUUCAGAAAAUCAAUGGGGGUGAUGAUCCUGUACAUAGAUUCAGAAAAUUAAUGGGGGGGAUGAUCCUGUACACAGAUUCAGAAAAUCAAUGGGGGUGAGGAUCCUGUACACAGGUUCAGAAAAUUAAUGGGGAAGAUGAUCCUGUACACAGAUUCAGAAAAUGAGUGGGGGUGAUGAUCCUGUACACAGGUUCAGAAAAUUAAUGGGGGUGAUGAUAUCCUGUACACAGGUUCAGAAAAUUAUCACCUGUACAUAAUGUGUCACAGUCAUUGGUGUCCUUUAUGAUAUCACCUGUACAUAAUGUGUCACAGUCAUUGGUGUCAUUUAUGAUAUCACCUGUACAUAAUGUGUCACAGUCAUUGGUGUCCUUUAUGAUAUCACCUGUACAUAAUGUGUCACAGUCAUAGGUGUUAUUUAUGAUAUCACCUGUACAUAAUGUGUCGCAUUCAUUGGCGUCAUUUAUGAUAUCACCUGUACAUAAUGUGUCACAGUCAUUGGUGUCCUUUAUGAUAUCACCUGUACAUAAUGUGUCACAGUCAUAGGUGUUAUUUAUGAUAUCACCUGUUCAUAAUGUGUCACAGUUAUUGGUGUCAUUUAUGAUAUCACCUGUACAUAAUGUGGCACAAUAAUUGGUGUCAUUUAUGAUAUCACCUGUACAUAAUGUGUCACAGUCAUAGGUGUUAUUUAUGAUAUCACCUGUUCAUAAUGUGUCACAGUCAUUGGUGUCAUUUAUGAUAUCACCUGUACAUAAUGUGUCACUGUCAUUUAUGAAAGGAUGAUAAAGAAUAGCAUAAAAUUUACCUAUUAUUUGUGCGAUAUUCCCAGAUGUUUAGGGAGAAGAAGUAACUAUUUACAUUGAAAGGUUUGUAAGUAUAGGUCAUGUAACUGGAGAGACAGCUUAUAGUGUUAGGAGGUAUGUAAUGAUUCCAUCCAGUUUCUUACUGUUGCUGUGUUUUAUAUCACAUUCCAUGACACCUGCUGUACACAUCAAGGGCCUGUUUUUCCUGUUUUGGAUUGGUUUUUUUUGUGUGUGUGUGGAACAGUAGGUUAAAAUUCUUCCUGUAGUGUUUGUACUUUUGUUUCCAAUUUAUUGGUGUGAAGUAAAGGAGAUACAUAC